CAGAGACGAGCCCUCAGGGUCUGAGGUAACUUUUCCCGGUACAACCCUCCUCACCGCACCUGUGGAAUUCAGCUGCGGAUGGCGGGGGAGAAAUAUAUUAAAAAUACCUUAAAAAGUGCUGGCUUCACUCCGCCCCCAGCGUGACGAAUGUGCGGCGGGUCAGGCGCUGGCGCGGCGGGAGCGGAGCGGAGCGGGUCGGCCAUGGCGCUUCUGAGGGGCGUGUUCAUCGUCGCGGCGAAGCGAACGCCGUUUGGGGCCUAUGGAGGUUUGCUGAAGGAUUUCAGCGCCACCGACCUGACGGAAAUCGCCGCUCGGGCCGCGCUGGCCGCCGGCAAAGUCUCUCCCGAGAUCAUCGACAGCGUCAUCGUCGGCAACGUCAUACAGAGCGCCGCGGACGGGAUUUAUAUCGCGAGACACGCUGGGUUACGGGUGGGAGUUCCCGUCCCGGUUCCAGCCCUCACCGUCAACAGACUUUGCGGCUCUGGUUUCCAAUCCAUUGCCAAUGGAUGUCAGGAAAUUUGCCUUAACGACUCCGAAGUUGUUCUGUGUGGCGGAGCUGAAAAUAUGAGCCAGGCUCCAUAUGCAGUUCGAAACAUUCGGUUUGGAACCAGAUUAGGAGCAGAACUCAAGCUGGAAGACACGUUGUGGGCCGGCCUAACAGAUACGCACGUUAAACUCCCUAUGGCGCUUACGGCUGAAAAUCUGGCCGCAAAAUACAACAUCACGCGGGAGGACUGUGACCGAUACGCCCUCAAAACCCAACAGAGGUGUAAAGCUGCUCAGGACGCCGGUUACUUUAACGCUGAGAUGGCACCGAUUGAAGUGAAAACGAGAAAGGGGAAAGAAACUAUGGAAAAGGAUGAGCACCCCAAACCCCAGACCACCCCAGAACAGCUGGCAAAGCUCCCGUGUGUGUUUAAGAAGGACGGGACGGUCACUGCCGGGAACGCUUCGGGGGUGUGCGAUGGAGCUGGUGCUGUCAUCAUUGCCAGUGAAUCGGCCCUGAAGAAGCACAGUCUUACUCCUCUGGCACGAGUAGUCGCGUAUCAUGCGUCUGGCUGCGACCCUUCCAUCAUGGGCAUCGGCCCUGUACCUGCAAUCACCGAGGUUCUGAAGAAAGCAGGAUUGACCCUGAAGGACAUGGAUUUGGUAGAGGUGAACGAGGCGUUCGCACCUCAGUAUUUAGCUGUCGAAAAAGUUUUGGGCCUUGACCCUGAAAAAACCAACGUCAACGGCGGUGCCAUCGCCAUAGGUCACCCUUUGGGUGCGUCGGGAUCGCGAAUCACAGCUCAUCUGGUUCAUGAAUUAAGGCGUCGUGGUGGGAAAUAUGCGGUUGGCUCGGCUUGCAUUGGCGGCGGACAAGGAAUUGCUCUUGUCAUAGAGAACACGGCCUGAGAGACACUGGAAAGUGCAGCACUGCCCAAAUCGCUAAUUUCCUGAGAAAUUGCUGCCUUUCGCGGCGAUAAAACAUUGCCGCCUUCAUUUUGUGCCAUUCCUGCAAGGUAAAGGAAUAGCCAGGAAGUCUGAAUUCCGUACAAAAAGAUGAAUUAAUGUCUUUCGAAGCAAAGGAAGCGUAACGCCAAUAUAAUUUCCCACUGAUCAAGGGUUUUGUGAAAGCGUCUUUUCAAUCAGGGAUAAUGUAGGCAAAAUUCUUUUCGUUUCCUGAGGAAAUUGCCUGUCAAAUUUUCACCAAACAGCCUUAAACUAGCAGUUGGUGCAGCUCUAGAAGCAAAUAUUGUGUAAACUGUUUUUCUUUCAGCUGCCACUGCUGUCUGACAUGUGCACCUUUUUAUUAUCAGGAGAUAUAAAUUUAAUUGGAGACCUUCAGUACGUACUGAUUGUGGAUUGUAACCUGUACCCGCUGUUGGCGAGGGAAAAAUGAGCGCAAGCUGAAAUUCCCAUUGUGCCUCCCAAAAGAACAAUAAAUACAAGAGAAAAA